AGACUUUUAAGAUUUAGAUUUUAUUUAAGGGCCUACAUAAUUAGGUGUUCUGGAUAACCAUUUAGUAAACUUCAACGAUUCAAAUAAAAAUGUACUUUAAUUUGUGUUUAAGUAAGCACUAUCCGGAUAUAAUUAAUUAAUAUAGGUGAUUUACGUAUUUGAAAUAUUUUUUGUGAUAUCCCGCAAUGGAUCCCGUUUAAAGGACUGUGGGUGUCAAUACAAAGUGACGGCCAUAUUUGCCGGUGCCGCUGUAGUAAACAAAAAGUGAGAGACAGACGCUUCACUGAAUUUCGGGUCAUUUUUAUUUCUUUAAUUUACAAUGUCUUUGGGAAUGUCUCACAAACCCAAUGUCCAUCAUCAUAUACCGGGAACUUCUGGGACAUCGGUUGCAAACCUUACAUCUACUUCUGCAGCAAAUCUGGCCACAUUACAGUCUUAUAGGCCUCUCCUGAGUGAUUAUGGUCCUCCUACUCUUGGAUUCCCACAGGGUACCACUGGUGGCCAAGUGCCUCAAAACAAAUACGCAGAGCUGCUGGCCAUCAUUGAGGAGCUUGGUAAGGAGAUCAGGCCUACAUAUGCUGGGAGCAAAAGUGCAAUGGAAAGACUGAAAAGAGGUAUAAUCCACGCCAGGGGCCUGGUGCGAGAAUGUUUGGCUGAGACAGAAAGGAAUGCCCGGUCUUAACCUAAACACACUUGGCUUCAUCAAAUAAUUGCAUGACAUUUUCUUUGUGAAAAAGUGAAGUAAGAAGGAACCAGAAGAAUGAAAGCAACAGAUAAAAAAAGAAAAACUCCUUAGAAAAGUCCACGCCCUAUAUUUUUCUGAAGUGUCAUUUAUGUUAAGUUGAAUUUCUGUGUGAUUAUUUAGUUUUUUUGGGGAGCCCUGGUUCCAACUUUUUGUACUUCAUUAAUGCAUGUAUUGGGGCCUGGGGGGAAUUACUGCUGCAUGGUUGUAUUAGGGGUAGAUGGAAAUUACCAUUUUAUAGUAUUUGAUCAUUUUUCGGGUCACAUGACUGAAUGUCAAAUGUGCCAAACAUUGUGAUUUAUUUUGUGGUAACGAUUUUGGUAAAAAUGAGAAAAAUGAAAAUGCUACUUGCAUCUUUGUAUGUAUUUAUUACUGGCGUGAUGAUUAAAUUGUAUUUUCAA